GCGAGGUUGGGUUGACCUCGCGCUCUGAAAGAAGAGUUGAUCGUAGCGAGUAAUCCGGCGUGGAUUUGUGCUUCAGGUGGUGUGAGGAGGAACUUGGGUCCAAGUUGUUUGUGAGCGUGAAGAAAAGUUGAUUGAGCAGGAAGUCAAGGUUGUGUAUGGGCUGAACUGUGAACAGGAGCUGACAUUUCGAGAUCAGGACAAUGUGUGCAAGAGCUGAAUGGAAUGUUGUGCUGUGGUGAUGGAGAUGCUGAAGGUUCAGGCUAUUGACAUUGUGACUGGGACGAAUGAGCAUUUUGAUUUCGAACAAAGACAGUGAUUGAAAUGUAAACAGAUCCUAGAAUCAGACAAUGUGGUUGUCUGUGUUCUAUUUUGACAUCGUGUGCCUCGUUUGGAUAAAACACAGUCUAAUCACAGGACAAUUUACAAUGACUAAUUCACCUACCAACUUGUACGUCUUUGGACUGUUGGAGGAAACCAGAACACCCGGAGGAAACCCACGCGGUCACAUGGAGAACAUGCAAACUUCUUACAGCACCUGCCUCUUCCAGUCCAGUUGGUACCUGCCUGAACCUUACCCGAUGUGUCCUGCUACUCUUAGCAGUACAGGGACUUCAAUGAUUCACAUAAAGGCACGAAGCUCACCAUACCCAGGAUCACAGGUCAAGCGAUUCCCUGUUCAGGAUGAUAAUGUCAGCUGGAACAGAGAGUGGGCAGCAUAUGAUCCAGUGGACUACACGGCAGAGACUGUCAAGGCUGGGCCUCAAUGGGCUGACCCAGAUUUUAGGAAGGGAGACCAAUUGAAACAUGCUCCACGCUUCAAUGCACUGGAUGGGAGAAUCGAUCGGAGGAGUUACCUAGGUGUGUAUGAACUGGAUAAAGACAACCUGCCUCGGAAUCCAAUGGGAAGAACGGGAAUGAUUUCUCGAGGCUUGCUGGGAAAAUGGGGACCAAACCAUGCGGCUGAUCCCAUUGUUACACGGUGGAAGAGAGAAGGAGGUGAAAAGGUGAUCCACAAGCUUUCUGGCAAACCCAUCCUACAGUUUAUUUCAAUAAAGAGGAAAGAUUGUGGGCAAUGGGCGAUUCCAGGGGGCAUGGUGGAUGCUGGUGAACAUCCAUCUACCACCUUGACGCGCGAGUUCGAGGAAGAGGCACUCAAUUCUCUGUGUAUUCCUCGUAGUAUUAAGGAUCGGAUGAGGAAACAGUUCCAAGCCAUUUUCAGCAAAGAGAACUCCAUGAAGAUAUACACAGGAUACGUGGAUGAUCCACGCAACACCGACAACGCCUGGAUGGAAACAGUGGCUGUGAACUUCCACGAUGAUAUUGGUGACAGUGUGGGAGAACUGAACCUGCAUGCAGGUGACGAUGCUGUGGAUGUCCAGUGGCUUGACAUUGACCAGAACCUGCAGCUCUAUGCCAGCCACUUUCAAUUCCUGAAGAGUGUUGCUGAGUUACGGGGUGGUCAUUGGUAGUUGCAGAUGGUGUGUGAAGUAAUCUAAAGAGGAUCAAUGACAGUGUCAACGGAGACCGAAAUGCAGCAGAGGAGAGAAUAACCACUCUCUCCUUUUUAUCCUCUUCCUCCCUUUCCAUACUCCCCUCUCUCCUCACCAUCAAUAUCUUGUACUCUCUCUUUCCCCUUGGCCUUCCCCAUCACUUUUCCUUACCCACUUCUGCCUUCUAUGCCCUCCCUCUCUCAGCCUCUUCCCAGUCACCUUCACCCAUCUCCCCCCAAGCUUGCCUGCUCUUGCUUCCUUUUACCUCUCCAUUUCUCAUUCAAGAUUAAUCUUAAGAGAAAAUGUGAGAAAUUAUAGAAAGUGUACUCUUCGCUAUUGUAAAAUAAUGAAGUAAUUGACUGCCAAUAAACAUUUAAAUUGUGUGAAA